AUGAAUUGCACCUAUCAUUUACAAAAUCCAAUAACCAUGAUAUGUAUAGCUCCUCACAAAUAUUAAUAUUAAAGGAAACUUUGUGUUGAAUGCCUUUAUGAACAUAACGUGAGUGCCAAACAAACUGUUGUGAAAAAGAAAUUUCAAGAAAUGAUUAUCGAUAAAUUUAAAGAAUCCAAGUUUGAUGACACAUCUGAGUUAACCAAGUAGAGAAUGAAUUUCAAAUCAGUGCUCUUUCAAACAGAGAAUAUGCUGAAGAAAAUUUGGGAAGAAUUAUCUGAAUCAAUCAAAUAAGUUUAUGAUUCAAUUGAACAAGAAUACUUUAAUAUUAUCAACCAAGGUACAAAUCUAGCAGAAUCUUCAUAUCAUAUGCUGACUUAGAGAAAUUAGUCUAAAUUAUUAUUGGAACCAUAUUAAACGAUUUAAAUGAUGAGAGGAAUUCAUAUAUGAUGAAAUUAGAACAGACCAAGAAUA